GAAUUAAUGAGGGUAAACACCCAAUUAUGGAUUAACGAGGCUUUCCGGCGGGUUUGUUUCGCAGAUCUGUGCAAUGUGUGCCUAUAUGCCGAAAAGCAGGCUGUUUAAAAUAAACGUUUAAGCAAAGCAAAUGUCGCGGCUGAUUUACACCCACUGCCAGGGAAAAGCUUUAUAACCGUAGCGCCUAAUUAUAGGGAAGGCAAGUUAAUCACCGCGUGUGCUCUACGGGGACUGGUACUGUAAAGACGCUCGUAAUGCGCACUCAGGUCUGUGUGCGCAUACCGAUGAGCUGAGGACAAAAAGGCGGUUUCCGUUAGAGGACGGCCAGAGUGAUGAAGAGUGAUGUUUUGGCCCCCACAGAGGAGCACGCUCUGAGCCACGAGGUUCUGUCUGUGGUGGUGGUGCUGCUGCUGCUGUGGCUGCGGCAGACGCGUCUCCUGCACGCAACGUGCUCCGAAACCAUCGUUUUUUUUUCAGUCACCCCCCACUCCUAGGGAGGGAGUGUGUGGGGUGUAUCACAGGGUUUGGAAAUGGUGCCUACCGCAAAAAUAAAUAAAUAAUAAUAAAAUAAAAUAAUGGGAGACACAGGAGAAGCACGUGGAGUGGGUGGUCCUCAGCACACGGCUUUCACGUGGCUUAUAGAGGAGAGCUGAGCCGCCACAACAGUCAGUCCAAUGCAGCAGCAGCAGGGAGACAACAUCAGCAUCAGCAUGGCUGUGGAGAUGGAGCCCGCGGAUGUGAUCCGCCUGAUAAUGCAGUACCUCAAGGAGAACAACCUCUACCGGACGCUGACCACAUUACAAGAGGAAACCACCGUCUCCCUCAACACAGUGGAGAGCAUUGAAAGCUUUAUUGCAGAUAUAAACAAGGGCCACUGGGACUCUGUCCUGCUGGCUAUUGAAUCUCUCAAGUUGCCUGACAACAUACUCAUUGACCUUUAUGAGCAGGUUGUUAUGGAGCUCAUUGAAAUGAGGGAGGUGGGCGCAGCUCGCUCACUCCUCAGGCAAACUGACCCGAUGAUCAUGUUGAAGCAGACCCAGCCAGAAAGGUACGGCCACCUGGAGAACCUGCUAACCUGCUCCUACUUUGACCCUCGUGAGGCGUACCCAAAAGGAAGCAGCAAGGAGAAGCGGCGCAGAGCCAUAGCUGAGGCUCUGGUGAGGGAGGUCAGCGUGGUGCCCCCCUCCCGCCUCAUAGGACUCCUGGAACAAGUCAGUUCUAUGAAACUACAGCAGUAUACAGAUCACCUCUCCCCUGAUAUGACCAUUGAUACAUCUGCCAGCAAAGAGAAAUAUGUGGAGAAAGAGACCUUUCCAAACCAGCUGUACCGCCACAUCAAGUUUGGGCGGCGGUCGCACGUGGAAUGUGCCCGUUUCUCACCCGACGGAAAGUAUUUAAUUACGGGUUCAGUAGACGGCUUUAUUGAGGUCUGGAACUUCAACAGUGGAAAAAUUAGCAAGGAUUUAAAGUAUCAGGCCCAAGACAGCUUCAUGAUGAUGGAUGAUGCUGUGCUGUGUAUGUGCUUCAGUCAGGAUACAGAUCUACUGGCUACUGGAGCUCAGAAUGGCAAAAUAAAGGUGUGGAAGAUCCAGAGCGGCUUGUGUAUGCGUAGGUUUGAGCAUGCUCACAACAAAGGCGUGGCUUGUUUGGGCUUUUCCAAAGACGGCAACCAGAUCCUCAGUGCCUCCUUCGACCACACCAUCAGAGUCCACGAGCUGAGGUCAGGCAAGACGCUAAAGGAGUUAAAUGGCCAUUCAUCAUUCGUAAACGAUGCGUUCUUCACUCAAGAUGGAUUUCACAUCAUCAGCGCCUCAUCAGAUGGCACUGUGAAGAUUUGGAACACAAAAUCCUGUGAGUGCAUCCACACUUUUAAAUGUCUGUCGAGGACACCGGAUGUCCCCGUCAACAACGUGAUCCCUCUCCCCCAAAAUCCAGAGCACUUUGUGGUUUGUAACCACUCCAACGCCGUGGUCGUCAUGAGCAUGCAUGGCCAGACUGUGAAGACCUUCAGCUCAGACAGGAAAGGAGCAGACUUUGUGUGUUGCACCCUGUCACCCCGCGGGGAGUGGAUUUACUGUGUGGGGGAGGACUUAGUGCUCUACUGCUUCAGCUAUACAACAGGAAGGCUGGAGAAAACGCUGACUGUUCACGAGAAAGACGUAAUUGGCAUCACUCACCACCCACAUGAGAAUCUGAUUGCCACGUACAGUGAAGACGGUCUGCUGAGGCUAUGGAAGCCUUAAAGUGUCACCUUCAUUAUAUUGUGGAGGACCUACACAGCUGUUGACAUGGUGUAUUAAAAUCUAUUUGUGCCAUGAAAAUGCUUUGAAAACACAAUCAAUGAAUAUGAAAAACCAUCUUUAAAUUAUAAAUAAACUUACCAAUCAAAGUUUUUCCCCCCACUUUAAAGGAUUAUGUAUGUUGGUUUCUUUUUUUUUUAAUUCCUUGUGGAAAAUUUAAGGUAAGAAUGCUAAUAUUCAUGUUUUUUUUAAGUCAGCAAAUUCUCGACAAAAAAUUAAUUUAAAGCUGCACUUUAAACAUGUUUUUUCCUUCCAUAUUUUUGAUUUAUUUAUUUAUGGAGUAAUUUAUUUGUAAUUCAUUACCAUUUGCAAUGCUGUUUAGGUCCUCCAUACCCUAUACCUUCUUCCUCAUGAAUCCAACUUCACCAGUUUGAAUCCCCAUUUUCAUCUCUUCUGUCUUUAUUAGACAUGAAAAUGCAUGAUGGUGAACUGUUGUGAAAAUAGUUAUAAUAGAAAUCGCCUCUUGUUUGGGCAUAAACAAACAAUAUCAGGUAUAUGAUUGAUUUGCUUUGGUUUAUAAUAAUGUUUUUUUAUUCUUAAUUUUUAGAUUUGAUCCAAAUAACGAUUCUGAUGUCAUGAUUUAUUUGUUCUCUGCGUUCCCUGCAUGCUACCUCAGUGCACUGCCUACAUAUGUCUCUACAGUAAUUUUUGUAGUCCUUUAAAAUAUGCAUGAUGACUGAUAACCCUGUACAGAGCUCCAGUGACACAUUUUGUAUUCUGUGCAUAAACAACAAAUGUAUUUUACACAUUUAUUGUCUUGUGUCUGAUGUUCCUGUGCAUAGAUAGGGUAUGUAUACCUGCAACAGACUCCCUCUAGUGGUAACUGUUCGUACUACCUGGUACUGUCGUCAUUUAUCACUGUGAGAUAUUGUUUAGCGACUGAAUUCUUUAUUUUUGGUAUAUUCAUUAUGCUGUACAUAACAUCUCCAACCACAUGACAAAUGAUAAUAAAAUUCAAAAUCUGGUGUUCGUGUUAUUUUAUAAUAACUCACUUUAGUGCUAAAUUUGUUCCUGACGUGGCAAUGAAUCCAAGUAUUGCAUCUGCAACAUUUUUUUUAAAAAAAAAGGACAAUCAAUUUGAAUCGUUUUCUGCUCAGCACUAAUAAGUUUCCAGAUGUAGAAGAGGAUUGGUUGUAGAACCUGACAGGUUUGUAAGUUGCAUUCCAGAGUGUGACAUGUCAUGUUCUUGUAGUUAAAAUUGUUGCAAAAGUGAUGAAAAAAAAAUCUCAAAGCCCAAAAGAAUGUCAUCCAUUUUUUUCCCUGUGUAAUUAUACAGUCAUGGUAAAAAAAAAGAAAAAAAAAUACAUUCUCUUUCAGUCCUGUUUUACAUAUCAAAACAUUAAAAAAAAAAAAUCAUCCGUUUCCCAGCAGAUUCCAACAUUAUUUAACUACAAAUGAUGAACAACAUACUGGUACAGGACCUUACAGUCAACAAGUCAACCAUGAACUCCUCUGUAUAUCAACGUUUUCUAGAUUCAAAUGUGAAGAUAUCUGUAUGACAGCUCAAACUUGCCCCAGAUUACUUCAUGCAACAGGACAAUGAUCCCAAACACAGCAGCAAAUCUACAACAGGAGGGAUAAAAACCUGAGCCUGAUUGAGACAGCUGUGCAUAAACAAAUGAGCCAAAGCUGCUACAUGUGGUUGUACAAACUACUGAAUCAUGGGGUAUACCUCAUCUUCCACACACCACUUUGGUGUUUUAUCUUAGUUUUUGUUAAAUAAUUGAAGUUUGUAUGUAACUAAUUUCAGAACCUGCUAAGGACCAGGAAUUCUUUUUUUAAAAUAUACCCUCAUAUCUAAAAUCCUAGAAGUGGAAAAAAAGGGCGUGCUAUCACGACUGUAUCUGAUGUAUGGUGACUGUAGAUUAAAGCCCAGCAAAAAAAAAGAAAGACUUUAUAUUAAUUUCCACCCAACUGAAUAAUCACUAGAGUGUGAGAUGUAGAGAGAGAGGAAAAAAAAAAUACUUUGAGUCAGUGGUUUAGAUUGUAUUAGGGUGUCUGAAUUUUAAUAUCUAGGUAUAAAAAUCCAGUUUAAUGAAAAACAGUAGAGACAGAUUUUCUAAAAGAUAUCAAGCACGGUUACACAGAAACUUAGAAAGACCAUUAAAUCACAUUUAUUUAGAAAACAUGAGCACAAACAAGUAGACCACUGGUCCAAACAUGCAUCAAGUUCAUUUAAAACCUUGGCAACAUUUACUUGAAUUACUCUUUGCAUUGAAAUCCCCUUACAUUACGAGGACUCAAAUUCACAUCUGCGUUCAAAAACUACUUACAUUAUUUAAGGAGGCCCUCGCUUAUGUGAGCAUGACUGUUUUACAACAUCCAAGGCAAACACCAUUGAGAAAAAAGAAAGAAAAAUAAAACUGCAUUAUCAACUAACUUCAAGUUAUGAGAAGGCUUUCAAACAGGCAGACAGUUUAAUGAGGUAUUAAGUUUGCAGAUUUAUUUAUUUUAAAAGCCCAUCCAUAAACUCCCAUUACUCAUUUGGCUUUUACAAGGUUGACGAGGAAUAUUGAAAAAUAUUAAUAUCUGGUUUGAUUUGUCAUUAAAACUCCUGAUUUUGGAGUCUUAACACUUUGUCUUCUAAUGAUUUUAAACCCACAAAGUAAAAUAAAACAAAAAAAAACAAAACAGGCAGACAUUAGAAACCUUUGCAAGUACAAUGUUGCCACAACCAUGCCACUGUUUCCCCAAGAAAAAUCAUACCUAUUCAAAAUAGCCCUGGUUAUGCUUUGUUUUAUAAAAUGAAAACAGAUAGGAAAACAAAUGUCAGGGAACACACAUGGGUAAGAAAGAGACGGACAAAAAGGAAGUUAUUCUCUUCUUUCCACAGAAAGAAAUGUCUCUAAAAUGUCUCAGCCAUAGGCAAAGCACUCAAAUAGUUCUGUUACUGUCACAAUGACUGAAUGCAGGAGUCGUUAUGCACUCCCAGCUCCUGAGAAACUUAAGACUUAAUCCACAGACAGCUUUUUCUGACCCAAUCAGAGCAGGCUGGACCAUUCAGGAUGAGCAUUUCAGGAAGAGGGUGAACUGUGGCGUUGCGGCAAUGUGGAGCGGGGCGGGGAAGAAUAUGUUUUGUUUUUAUUAUUAGCAUGUAAACCUAUUCUAGUUAAAGAAAAAGAAUUAUGAAAUGUAAAUGAGUAUAACAAGAAUUAUAAAUAGCCUCUCAAAAUAUAAGGUGAUUGCACAUACCUUUGCACACACGCUCACACUUGCACUAUACUAGACGUGCGCGGCAUCGUCACAGACAACUGACUGCAGCUCAGAAAAAAC